UAGAGUCAGGGGUUUAGAGCAGAGAGGAGUCGGUGUGCAGGGGAGCGAGAGGCAGAGGGAAAGUUAGUCAAGAUGGCAAAUCUCACUGACAUGGAGUGAAGGGGCACCGCUCCUCCCCACGGGAAAAAACACACACACACACACACUCAAAACAAAGCAAAAAACCUCAGAGUCUGUCGGCCGUCCUGAGAAGAAGAAGAAGAAGAAGAAGAUGAUGAUGGUGAUGAUGAUGAACGGUGCAGACCCCGCAGACCUGUGAGGGAUUCCCCGAAGAAAAAUGAAGCUGAUGUGACACAGAGUGUGCUGGAAGAAAGCUGACUCAUCAAAUAUCAAUCCCUCUGAGAGCCACUAAGCAGCUGAGAGCAGCUGGAUCACCUAAUGCCUAGCUAGAAGAGCAGCUCACCCCCCCCCCCCCCUCCUCAGCCUCAACGUCGGAGAUUAUCAGACAGGAGAAGGCGACGCGGAAUCCCACCAGCAGGAAUAUAUCCAACACCGGCUGCUGGCUUUAACUCAGCCCAGCAGAGACUCCCGUCCCAGCUAAUGAUGCACAGAUCCGGCUGAACUUCCCCCGACUGACCCCCUCCACACCUACGGGCGACAACAACCACCACCACCACCACCACCCCAAAACCAUCCGUUGAUUGUUACCUAAAAACUCUCUGAGCACCCCUCAGCCCGGCCCAGCCUGGCCCGGCGCCGCCGCCGCCGCCACAGUCAGCCCGCCUUCAUCCCACCUCGCAGACCAUGAUGUUUCGCGAUCAGGUGGGCGUGCUAGCCAGCUGGUUCAAGGGGUGGAAUGAGUGCGAGCAGACGGUGGCUCUGCUGUCGCUGCUGAAGAGGGUGAGCCGGACCCAGGCUCGCUUCCUGCAGCUGUGUCUGGAGCACUCCCUCGCCGAGUGCACCGAGCUGCAGGUCUUGGAGGGAGAGGCCAACAAUCCAGGCAUAAUCAGCCAGUGGCAAAGUGAGCCGAAGGACCGCGUCAUCUCCCUGGUUCUCACCCAUCUACCGCUGCUCAAACCGGGCAACGUCGAAGCCAAGGGCGAGUACAUGCGCCUGCUGCCGCGCAUCCUGGCCCACACCAUCGAGCAUGGCCACCACCUGGAGGAGUCGCGCCAGCUCCUGUCCUACGCUCUCAUCCACCCCGCCACCUCGCUGGAGGACCGCGCCGCCCUGGCGCUCUGGCUCAACCACCUGGAGGAGAGAGCGGCCGCACGGGGGGACUCGCUGGAAAGGCCCCCUCCCGCUGGCCCACACCACCACCAUCACCACAUCCAGUCCACGCCUCCAUCCACCCUCACCUCAUCAGGAUCCUCCUCCUCCACCAACACCUCUUCGCCAAGCAACGUGUACCCCUUGCAUCACCAGCGCUACGGCUCGGACGACCGCCUCAAUGGGUGGCAGAGCUCCAGGGAUUCGGGGUUGGGCACAGGCUGGCAUCAGCAGCAGGGCUGUGAGAACGGACACCUCCCUCUUUACCCGUCAUCCUCUGUGCCCGCAACCAUUAACACAGUUGGAACUGGCGGAGGCAGUAACACAAUUCUGACAAGUGGAGGUGGCAGCCAGCAGCACAGUCACCUGAAGCGCUCCGUGUCCCUCACGCCUCCCAUGAGCGGCCCUAGCAACCAGCCCCUGGGCCACGUCUGGCUGUCCCAGGAGGACUUGCGCACUGCUAGAGGCCCGGCCCCAGACCAUGCGCCUUUGUCGCCCCAGAGCAGCAUUGCCUCCUCGGGCAGUGGAGGCAGCGAGCAUCUGGAGGAUGCUGGUUUAGGAGGAGGUUCUGGUCUGCAUCGCAGCUCCUUCCACGAGGAGGGCAGUGGCAUGAGGGACGUUCCUGCGUGGCUCAAGAGUCUCCGUCUCCAUAAGUACGCCGUUCUGUUCUCCACCAUGACCUACGAUGAGAUGAUGUCACUGACCGAAGAGCAACUAGAGACACAGAAAGUCACUAAAGGAGCCAGACACAAGAUCGUUAUCAGCAUUCAGAAGCUCAAAGAGAGGCAGCAUCUACUUCGCAGCCUGGAAAAGGAUGUGUUGGAGGGCAGUAAUCUACGUGCCCCACUGCAGGAGCUUCACCAGAUGAUCAUGACCCCUAUCAAGGCUUUCAGUGGUGGCGAGGAGGCCUCCCUGCAGCGCCCCCUGCUGAGCCCAGAGGGUAAGAGCGCCGCACCAGGUUCCCACCUGACUGGAGGAGGAGGAGGAGGCGGCGGCGGAGGAGGAGGAGGAGAGGGCGAGUCCGGCACAAGCGUCAUCGCCGAGGGGGAUCUGCCCGGUCAGUUUACUCGUGUCAUGGGCAAAGUUUGCACCCAGCUGCUGGUGUCGAGGUCAGACGAGGACAACAUCAGCUCCUACCUACAACUCAUCGACAAGUGCCUUAUCCACGAGUCCUUCACCGAAACACAGAAGAAGAGGCUGUUGUCGUGGAAACAGCAGGUCCAGAGGCUGUUCCGAUCCAUUCCAAGGAAAACUCUCCUGGACAUAGCAGGGUAUCGACCGCAGAGGAGCCGUUUUGGCCAGUCUAACUCCCUCCCCACCGCUGGCUGUGUUGGGGGCAGCGUGUCGACGAGGAGGAGCCUUCACCAGUUCCAGAUGCCCUCCAGGAGCUUGCCGGGUGCCAGGCUGGGCCUGCUGGGCAGCGGGGGGCUGCUGGGACCCACACCUCGCAGCUCCAGCAGCACACCCACCGGUCCAAAACAGGGGAGACAUGGCCCGUGGUUUGCCAACCCCGGAGGAAGCAACAGCAUGCCCAGUCGGACCCACAGCUCUGUGCAGAGGACCCGCUCCCUACCAGUUCACACCACGCCGCAAACUAUGGUCAUGUUCCAGCAAGCCGAUCUUCAGUUACCAGUGACAGAGCCAGACAUCAACAAUCGUCUCGAGUCUCUGUGUCUCAGUAUGACAGAACACGCCUUGGGAGAUGGCGCCGACCGCACAUCGACGAUAUGAAAUGAGGACGCGAGCGAGAGCAGCAGGAUGGCGCAGGUUCAUGAGGCUCUCUCACCGUACGUCACCUCGAGGUCACCAGCCCUCCAGCCCCCGUCCCCCCCUCCCCCCACCUCGCUCUGUAGCCAAUGGUAGAGCUCAGCCAAAGGACCGGGCGGGAUCCAAGAAACACAAGAUAGGCGAUCAUCAAACAGCGAACACAAGCUAUCACACUGGCACCGUCCAUCGGGGUUGAAAACACACACUUCCUGCACCGCCAGCGCGCCCCCCGCCGUCACCUGUGUCCGGGCUGAGGAGAGAGAAAAGCAUCGGCUCGGACAGUGUGUGAACAGCGUCCCCCCCCUUUCCCCCACCUUCCCCUCCCCCCCUCCCCUUCCUUUGCCUGGGGGGAGUCCAGAAGCAGCGGUGCAGUCCGGUCCGCCCCGGCAGAGGGAGACGCUGGCCUUGUGGAUCAGGGCUCGGUGAGAGACCGAGGCCCCCCCUCCCUCUCCGGCACCGUCUGAUCCCCGCACAUCGACCACAGCUAGUGGCGUCUUUUAAACCCAUGACCGUACCUCAGACCCCAAAAAGAAGACGAGGCGAGCAGAGCCGCGAGGACGCGGAAAGGAAGUUUGGGAUUUCCUUUACUGUUUUCAGUGAAGGUCGAGCGUCAGUAAGGAUGCUCGCAGAGUUCGGGAAGCCCUCCCGCUCAGCAUUGGGUGGCAAAACAAACAAAAAACAAACAAAAAAAAGCAUUUAUUUGUUUUGUAUGUAUUUAUUGUUUACAAACUGAUGCUACUUUCAGAGGGUACAGAAACAUGUAUGAAUUUCAGGUAUGACGUAUGUAACCCGUAAAGCCUUGGUCUCUACGAGCUUUACGCCCCACGAGUAGCCAUCACGCUAGUUUACAACUAAUGUGCAUAUUCUUUAUAUCAGCGGACAAAGAGACGGAGACGGAGGUGGGACGGGGGUGAGGAGAGGAAGAGGAGGGGAGUGUAUGUGAAGAAAGACAGAGGAAGUGGCAGAAGAGAGAAACCGAGCGAGGAGCGAUUAGAGGAAGGGAGAGCGCACGUUUUUAAAGGAGAAGGGCGUCAGAGGCCGGACCUUUGAUCGGGAGGAGACGAUGUCUGAUCGUGUUGUGAGUGUUCAUGUGAAUGAGUGCAGGAGGAAGUGGAAGCUCGGCCACGUGUGGUUCGUCCAUAGCAUGUACUGUAUGAACUCAUUUAAAGAGCCCUUUUUCCGGCUCAGCAGAUUAAAAAUGUAGGUUUUAUAAAUGCAAACGGAAGAUCUAUAUAUAUAUAUACAUCAGUGGGAUCGGUCUGCAUGUUCAGAUGCCGGGCUUAGUUAUUUUUUCUAAAGCAGGGUGAUGUGCUUAAGCUGCAUGUUACUACUAAGUCUCUUCGUCGGGGGUCGGGGGGAAGAAGAUUGGGAAAUGAGGAGUGGGCAAGACUGCCGAAGAAACGGGAGGCGGAUCCGGUUUCCACUCAGAACUGGGUGAAUUGCAACAUUGGAGAAAUCACAUAGCGUCAAUCCAUGAAGGGUAGUCGUCCCAGAGAUUGUCUCAUUAGUGCUUACCUCCACCUGCUGGCCAAACGCAGUCACGGCAGGACAGUCUCACAGGUACACGGAUGUCACCGGUGAAACUAAAACCGUCGUGGCUGCAGGUUACCUGUGAGUCUGUUUAGUCACUGCAGGCCUAUAUGGAAUUUAUGUGUGUUUUUUUGUUUUUUUUUUCAUUUUGAAUCUCAUGGUUAUUCUGUGUCUUAAUAUUUAUCCUCAUUGUAUUUGUGUCUGGAAUAGAGACAUUAUAAGAAUACGUUUAUAUUGAAAUAAGCUCCCCUCUGUGUGGCUUUCAACUGAGCACACGAGUCCUGACCUUGAACGCUGAGGGCUGUUUGUUAUUGUUAUUAUUAUUAUUGUUUAGUUUCUUCAUUAGUUUUUUUUUUUUUUUUUUGCAAUUCUAUAGUACUUCAUCUUUAUCCUGCACUUGAUGAUAAUGUGAGACACUAAAAUGCAUGGAGAACAUUGGUGUGCUUUGGACCGGGGUGAGGCUCUGGACUGUACAGCUACUGGAUCAGGCUAAAGUGGAGCGUCACGACGCCACGGCAGGUGGAAACGUUGAAUCCGGAGCAGAGAUGGAGAAACUCCUGAUGCUUCUCACUGACCUCUAAUGAUAGCUGUCUGUGUGAGGGUGAGCGCUGAGUAGAAAAUACUCUAUUUCCAUAUCGAGGCGGCCCAGGCUGUAGGAUCAAACCAGUGUUUGUGCAUGUUUUGGUUUAUUUUCUUUGAUUUGCACACGUUUUUCCAACCUUCCAGUUUCCGCUGUUCUUUGGGAUGAUGUUAAAUUACAAUUAUUCUGUAACAGAGUUUAAGCUUUAUUCUCAUUUGCAGCUGCAGAUUUUUAUUCUCUGCUGAUUGUUUAAAAUACAGACAUGUAUAAAAGGUUUAGAACUAUACUCUGUGUAGUUCCUCUGUUCAUGGGAAGCCCUGGCAGGUUUGGAAAAACUUAAAGGAGAAGCGGCAGCAAAGUCGGUGUCAGACUUGCGUUAAAAGAACAAAAACAUGCAUAAACUCUGUCACGGCGCCUGUUUGGUGGUGUCUUGGUUUGAUUGUGGCUUCACACACAGUUUGAGAUCUGUGCGCGCACGCACACACACACGUACACACACACACACACCACAGAUGAAGUGUUUAGUGUGUCCUUUCUGCUCUUUGUCUGUGAGAGUAACUCAGACACUAUGUGAACAAAUAUUCCACCAAAGUGUAUUGUGUUUAAUCCUGAGUGGGAAACCAGACGUUGAACCUUUCAGCAUCAGGAUCUUGGCACGUUCAGCAAACUCAUUGCCAUUUUUUUUUUUUUUUUUUUUUGAAUCAGUACUUAAAGUAGAAACAAUUAUUUAUUCUUUUUUUUUCUUUUUUUUGCAUAAUUUUUUGCAGAGGUGAUGCUGAUCAUUUAGGUGUAUUAUUAUUAUUUAAAGUACCGUAUGUAUUAACAUGUUAUGGCUGGUGACCAUACGUACAUCUCAAAUAUUAACAUAGUUAUUGUUUACUAUUUUUCUGUUUGUUUCGUUGCCGUUGAACUAUAUUCGUGUUUGUAUCGAUCAGUGUCAUGUUGAGAUUUUUUUUUUUUUUUUUAUUUUUUUCUCCUCCCCGGUUGAAGUUUCGUUGUUGGAGCUGCUCUCCGUCACAGAUGUUCAGUUACAGGUUUCUGAACUUGGUGCCGUUGGCGUCUCACCACCUGACUCCUGCUCGGCAGAGGCUUGUAGGUUUCUGUGCGCGUGUGUGUUGCUUCACAGGACAAGGUCGGCGUCGCUGUAUCGGUUUCUUAAUUUUAACAGAUCCCAUGAAAGGACGUUAACUCCCAUGAAAUGAAAGCUCACUUGAAACAGCUGGACGCUAGUUCUCAACAAAACAUAGGGGACUACUUUCAGCUGCGGAUUAAUACGCGUCUGUUGCACUAGAUGGAGCCUCAGAUAGGUUAGGUUUGUUUUUGUUUUUUGUCUGUUCAUGGGAUUUUUUUUUAAAUUUUAAGAAUCAGAUCCGCGGUCAUUAAUGUAAUCAAAGGAAUUUUCACAAAGUUCUUUGUGACUUUCAUAUUGCUGUGCCAUUUGAUAAAAGGUGUUUGUUAAGGUGUUCAAAAGAAAAAAAACAAACCCAGGACAAAAUAAGUGCAUAAAGCCCCAUAAGGGAUGGAAAGAGGUGUGAGAUCUCAAGGAAGUUUAGUGGGAUCCUAAAAGAAACUAAAAGAUCUUAAAAAGCUUUUGCAAGAUUUUAAGAAACAUUUGCAAAUGUUGAGAAACUUUAAUCUGAAACUUAAGUAACCGUUUUAUCAUUUAGUGUCAGAUUGACUCUCGUCUGCCAGGUGUAGUCAGAUUCAUGAGAACCAGGAGUAGAUUUACUAAAACUGUGUUUGUGAGAUUUUGCAAAACUUUUUCUCAAGAUCUUAGUAAAGUGCGUCUUUUUCCCUCCCCUCUUCUGUUCUAGUUUUCCUUUGUGUCACAUUUUCUGUUCGUACUGUUCUGUUGGAAGCAGGUUCCAGGUUCUGCUGAGCCCUGGUUUCAUGCAGCACCUGUGACGGGUCAGCGAGGUCAGGAUCAUUACACAUCUCUUCAAACCAAAUGCUUUUUAAAAAGGAAAGGAAAAAAAAAAUGUUUUAAAUGCAUAUCAGCUCAGUGGAGUACUUCUAACGCUGUGUACGCUGCAGUAUUAACAGUUAGAGGAUGCCUUGAUAUUCCAAAAACAUUUAAAGAUCUUUAAGACGAGACGUAUAUGCUGUUUUGUAUCUUUUAUUUCUGCAGUUUAGUCGGUUUGGGAUGCCAAGACCUUUUUGUUUUGUUUUUGUAAAGUUGGCAAGCAUCCGUUGUGUAACUUAAGUGUUACCGCUUGACUGUGCUCCUUUUACUUCAUUUAGUUUUAUUUUAUCAAAGAGCCGAUGUCCUGUAUUGACUGCAGGCUUACGUAUAUAUUUGACAAAAGAAUAUUGUAUGUUUAAUAAUAAAAAAUAAAAAAAACACAAAACGGACAAAAAUUGCAGAAAACGCAGAAAAAAAUAAAAAGAAUAAAAUGGGGAAAAAAAGUGUAAUUUAUAUUUUAAAACUGCAUGCACAAGGCUGGGAAAGUCAUAUUUAGAAUAACAAAUGGCAGUGCCUUUUUUUUUUUCUUUUUUUUUUUUUUUUUUUGUACUCAGACAUUUACCCCAGAUGUAAAUGGUUUUAUAUGGACGUUAAAAACUAUAAUGGGACAGGAUGAAAGUACCGACAGCUUCAUCGAGUCACGUUCACACUUCAGUCAAGAGUGUUUAGAUUAAACACCUUCACUGUGGAUGUCUUUAAACCAUCCGAGGUAAUUCAUUAGUUUGAUUCACUUUCCAAAAUGUCUUUAUUUUAAUGUCAGUUUGGCUUCAGCUUCCGCAAAUUCACCCACACACGUAAUUUUGUCCUUGUUUGGCCAAAUCACUGAUCAUUUCUUUUUUAUCUGUUCAUCUGACAGUUAUUUUCUUUAAUUACUUAAAACAGGAAAUAAGAUCCACAAAUUUUCCCAGAGAUACUCGCUUUAGCGUUCAAAGGAUCCAUCUUUUGUGUGAAAUAAGUGAUUUCUCAAAUGUCGUAGCGUCACCUGUAAUACUGAAGCCAAACUGUAAAAUUCAGAGAUUCCUCGCUUUAUUUAUCAAAGUGUCGUUCUUCUGGACAGAGGCGUGCAGUGUGAACGUGAACUCAUCUGUCGUCGUCGUUUCUGUGCUCUGUAGGUACUUCUUAAUUCUUAAUGAAGUCAUGAAUUAUCCUGAACAAAAAAGUGUGUGAAUGGCUGUGUGUGUGAGAGAGAAAGAGAGAAAGAAAGAGUGAAUACAUUCAAGUGUUUUUUUGUUUUUGUUUUUUUGUUUUUUUUUUGAAUGUGUCUUCUUGUACUUUUGUCACGAUGUACCAGAAUGCUGUGACUUGGCAUGCCCCCGUUAUACAUUAAAAAAACAAAACAAAAAAACAAA